AUGAAAGAAGCCAUAGACGAGAUUGAAAGGUGUAUAAGUCUAAUAUUCGAGACUCGCACUAUCAAAGAAUUCGAGUUCCAAUUUGCUGACUAUGGUAAUCUGCCGUGGACACUAGCACAACCGCAUGGUGAUAUGAAGCUUUCAAGCCUUCAGAUACUAAGUUUAGAAAAGGUGAAGGUAUACCUACCACAUGGCAUCGAUCGGUUCUUUACUAGUUUCCCUAUGGUAAGGGAAAUAAGGCUUGUAAAUAUCGUUUUUUUGGAGAAUUUGAAAGUGUCUGGUCUUAGACACCUCAAGCGGUUAGAGAUUGAUUCUUGUGACAAGCUCAUGAGUGUUGAGAUCCAAGCACCAGGUCUACAGAAGCUUGUCUUGACUGAAAUCAAGAGAGCCAGGAUAGAUGAAUUUAUUUUGGAUUUGAAAAUAGAUUCACAAACUUGCGAAACCUUAAGGGAACUAACAUUGUGCAAUUCCACCAUUCAAUAUUUCACCUUCAACCGUGUGUUUUCUGGAUGUACAAAAGUUGAGUCCUUGGUUCUUAACAGGUGUAAGAAUUUUUUUAAAAUAAGAAUUGCUAGUCAGAACCUGAGGAAACUUGUUGUCACAAGAUGCUUCGAUCUUCGGGUGACUGAGAUUAAUGCUCCAAAUUUGACUUCUUUCACCUUAUGCAAUUAUCUUAACCCUUCCGAAUGGGAAGAGCAUCAUUUAUAUCCUCUCUCACAACGUAAGAAAAUAAGCCAUCAGCAAGAAUGCUUGCUUGACUUUAAUUAUAUGCUCAUGACCAAAAGUAUAUGGUUAUCUCUUUGGUUUGACAAAUUUAAGGACAUUCAAGGCCAAAAGAUGGUUAUCUACCCCAAGAGGGGUGAAAAGUAUGGUGCUGUUGUUAUUGAAGAUUGGAGCUCCAUGGCAGAUCUUCAGCUCAUGAGUGAGAUAUGUGAAGAAGCUGCAAAAACAACGAUUACAACUAUGAAUUUUCUUGAUUUAGUUGAUUACGUGCUUGAGACCUGUUCACCUCGUAAAGACCUGAGAAAACUUUUAACAAUCACAUCCAUUGAUGAAAGUAAAUUAUAUGAGCCUCUAUCGAAGAAAGUGGCAACUGUUUCAUGUAGUUCUUCUGUAGCAAUUGCAAAAACUGAAGUGGUUGCAUUCUUAUCCGGAAGGUGUCCUAUGCCCUGCUUCUCAGAUGUAAAUGUUAGCCGUGACACUGACAUAGCCAGUUUUUCCUCCCAAGCUACAGAGAAAACUGGAAUUUCAAAUCCUACAUAUUCCGGUACCACUUUUUUUUGGUGUAGACAUCUUACCCCACAAAGAUAUGAGUGAGGACUUGUUGGGCCGCAAGAGGAUAAACCGGGGGAUCAUCCACAUUUCAAAAGUGAAUCGGUUCUGGAUCCAUUUUCGUUAGAAUUAUUAUUAUGAUAGUAUUAUUGCAUUCUACAGAUAUCAAAUUUUCAGCAUGUAAUGGGUUACUUGUAAUAAAUCCUCCCAAGGACUAAAAUCACUUGUG